AUAAAACUCCCCUCUACAGCGGCAUCCCCAAACCCUAGAAAUCACAACCUUCAGUGACUACUCAACCUUCAUCUUGGGUAAAGGCCCUGUCUUGACCAUGACUUCCAGCCAAUAUGAUCCACAGGGGAAGUUACCGGAGAUGGAGAAAUCUCCGGUCAAUAUAUCGGAGAUAGAGAAAACCCAAACGUUCGACUUGCAAACGUCAAUACUGGAGCUGCUUGGCCUACUAAGCGCCAGUAGUGGUAUUCCCGUACCCGGCAGUCCCAGGCUGACGAUGGCUUCCACGACCGCUGAUCUCACCCCUGCUCAAUACCGUGCCUUGACGAAGUCAUCGGAGGUGCUUUCCGCCCAGCAUUUUGCACAACUAUUCGCCCAGCUUUCCGCACAGCUUUCUGCCCAGCAACUCCAACUGGCCGAUUCGCAGAAAUCAAUACUGGAGUCGCUUCGUCUAAUACGCUCCAGUAAUGCUAGCCCCAUUCAAUGCACGACGACUCCAAAUUUCACGGUGAUUGACGACUGUCCCAACUGUGAGCCCUUCAAUCCUCACCCAAGCUUUUCCGUGGAGCCAAAGCAUGCAUCGAUGAUGAUAAAUCAGGGGGAAGAUAGAUCGGUAUAUUUAUUUGUGUCUUUUUAUGAUGGCGAAUACACUGAUUCAAUCUAUAAAGUGACAUUCAAACACGGAGGAGUCAGUCAUGAACCCCCAGUAGUUGGACUUGUGGCGGAGUACUAUGACAGUUUUCACAUCAAAGGUGCAAGGAUUUUCAACCGCUCCAAAUUAUACAUCAUUCCACAGGAUGGUUAUAAUAAAACUCCUGGGGCCAAAUCUUGCAGGCCAUUAGGAUAUAGUAUUGACACAAAGACUGGGUCAUAUUGUUCAUCUCUUCCUCCUAGCAUAGCCUCUAAACCAGUAGGAACUCUUGUGUCUGCUUAUGACAAGCUUUAUUAUGUUGCAUCUCCAGCGUGCUCACCACCAAUUAAGGAGCCCUCAUUCGAGAGAUAUGAUCCUGAUGAAGACGUUUGGGAGCGAAUGACUUCUUUUCCAUUUUAUCAUGACUAUGGGAGCCAUACGAAAAUAAUUGGUUAUGCCGUUUGUUAUGGCGUUAUUUUGUUUUCAUUGUCGGACUCCUACUUGAAUCCCUAUGUCGUUGCUUUUCAUGAGAGUAGAAAUCAAUGGAAUCGAGUGACUUCUGCUUCUUAUGCUUCUUUCAGAGGGAGAGCCGUGGCUGUAGGCGACACUAUCUAUGCGUUACAUGCGCUUAUGGAGGAGGUGAUUAUAGCAUUCUCAUUUAGGAUGGACAAAGGUGAAGACGGUGGCAUUACAUAUUCCCUAAACCCACAAUUUAUAUUGCGUGGCCUGAAGAUUGCUCGUCCACCAGUGCCAUUUCGUGAGCUUAAGACAGGGUAUUUGGUCCAUUUGGGUAACAAAGACUUUUUUCAUGUUAGGACUGGCAGUCCUGAUGGCGAAGCAUGUCCCAUGGUUCAAUAUCUUAGUAUCACCACGUUUCAAAUUAUUGUUGGAGAAGGAGGAAGACACAUGAUCAAGACCAUACAUUCAACUGUUUAUCCUGUGGAUAUCAAGGGCCGUGAAUGGUUUUCACUUGAGUUCUGCUUUACACCUGAGUGCGGGGAUUACGAACCCAUAGAAGAGGAAAGUGUGACUAGUAUGAAUCAGCCAAAACAAGAAGAAACCACUUUGGAUGAACAUGAUAAGCAGUUUUUGAUCCAUGAGGGGACUCAUCGUAAGCUUCUUGCUUACCCAUGGCUAAGAGAGUAGCUAAGCUGGGGUAGCCGCUGUGUAUCAUGAAAUAGGCGCCAUGCAUCAUGAAAAGGCCAAGCACAAAAACAAACCCAAUUAGGACCGCAAACCGAAGACACGGCGGAGGGAAGGAUUACGAGUGGAAGAAGAAAAAAACCUGUAAUGUAAGAAGGUGUUGCAUGCAUCUAUAUGACGAAUGAUGAGUUGGGAAGAAAUUACUUCUAUGUACUUGUCAAUUUUGGAUUAUGGGUUAUUGCAAUUUUCAUGUUGUUA